ACGCCCCCCCGCACGCCCCCGGGCACCAGCACCACGAGGUGGGGCCCGCGCACCCUAGCCAGGGGCCUGCGGGACCGCUCAAGGUGGAGCAGGCGCAGCACAUGUUCUCCUCCCAAGAUGAGCUGUACGACCCCCUGGGGCACGUCAGCCACCACAACCACCAUCACCACCACCUCCACCACCACCACAACCACCACCGGGAGGACUACGGAGUGCCCCGGACCGAGGCGCAGCAGUACCUGGUGCAGCGGCCGCCCGUCUCCCCCCAGUUCAAGGAGGAAUACUCGUCCCACCAGGUGGGCGCCCUGCCCUCCCCCGACACCCACCACCCUGGAGGCCAGCUCUCCGGCGGCCAGUCGCAGGGCACCGUGCCGUCACCGGGGCAGGGACAGGCAAUCCUGGGCGGAGAGGCCCCCUACUCGCACCUCCACCUCACGCCCCACCACCAUCACUCCCAUCACCAUCCUCACCACCACGUCCACCACCAGCUGCAACACCAGCAGCAGCAGCAAUCCCACCAGCAGGGGCAGCUACAGCAGCCGCAGCAGCACCACCAACAGCAGCAGCAACAGCAACAGCAGCAGCCUCCUAGCCAGCAGCAGACGCCCCCCGUGCCGACGUACAAAUGGAUGCAGGUCAAGAGGAACGUCCCCAAACCUGCAGGCAUUAACUUCUUGCUGACAGACGCCGUGACUUCGCCGGCAGCAGACCGCAAUAACGUUCCCAAGGCGGCGGCCGAGGCGCUCCGGGAGCUGGGCUGCGGAGGCGCGGGCAGCGUGGGCGUCGGCUUCGCGGGCGUGGGCGGCGCGUCGCUGCCCGCGGGCGCGUCCGCCGGCGGCGUGGGCGUGGGGCCGGCGCUGUCACUCAGCCCGUCGGCGAGCUGCCCGGCCGCGGCGCUGCUCGCCAACUCGGGCCGCACCAACUUCACCAACAAGCAGCUCACCGAGCUGGAGAAGGAGUUCCACUUCAACAAGUACCUGACGCGUGCGCGCCGCAUCGAGAUCGCCUCCGCGCUGCAGCUCAACGAGACCCAGGUCAAGAUCUGGUUCCAGAACCGCCGCAUGAAGCAGAAGAAGCGGCUCAAGGAGGGCCUGGUGCCGCCGGACAUCGGGUCGUCGUCGGCGGCGGGGGCGUCGGCGGGCAGCGGCGGCAGCUCGGCGUCCUCCCCCACCGCGGGCCACGCGUCCGCCGGCGGCGGCGACGACAGCCAGGAUGGCCAGGGCUCGCUGAGCCUGGGCCCGGGGCUGCCGAGCCCGCCCCUGUAACGCAGCGGCAGCAGCAGUGGACAAGGGACUUCGUGAGCGGAGCCCUCACCCUGACCCGUCGUCGUGGCGGUGUGAUAGAGUCGUCAGUCGAUGGAACUCUCGUGAAAUGUAUGGGUGUCCCGCGACAGUGAAAUAGACACCUUUUGGGUGUCAAGGCAGUGGAGGUAUAGAGACGCAGCUCGGAUGCCGAUUAGAUACUCGCAGAUAUGUCUCUCUUGUGGUGCUAUAGCAAAGGUAAUAUGUGAUGUCGGCAUAUUGUUAUUCAUAGUCCCCCCUAUCUCUUUGUGUUCACGGAAAAAAAAUCAAUUUGCAAUCGCAACUGAGAAUUUGUUGCCAGAACUGAUAUUUCAGUAAUUAAAUGACGACUUAUUUCUUUAUCUGAUCAAACUAAUGUCUCACGAGCCACAUCCAAAAAUUUAGUCGUAUAGCGAUCAAAAAUCUCUGCUAACACGACUUUUUCUUUUUGGUCGUAGCAUCUAUCCAAGUUUGCUUCCUCGCCUUGUGCAUUGUCUUCUACGACAAUAUUUUUGGAUGUCAUGACUAAUUGUUGGUUGCCAUGACUGAUUUAUCUUGUUACUUAAUUGCUGAUUUUUGAUAUCACAAAAACUGAGUCAUCUUUUCCGUGUUCUUAAACUCGCAGCCGGCGGUCCUCUAGUCUGCUUCGGCAAAGUGUAUAUCCUGAGCCGGCUGUGUCUUUUUAAUUAUACGUUUUUCGAGACAAGUCAUACCAGUAUUUAAGGUGCAUUUAGUAAAGUAAUAUACUGGAAUAACAUUGCCACUCCCAUCUCAUAAAGCUACGUCCUUAUCAUCAUUACAAGAUAAUACUUGUAAAUCUUGUACAGCUUUUCUUUCGGUUGUGAUAUAUUUACGCAGUGGCGAUUAGUUUCAAUUUAGUAUUUAAAUCUCUAUUUCAUGAAAAGCAUAGUUACUAGCUUUAAUUUUUGCGUUUCGAAUGAUCCUCGUGUAAGCUUUUGUUAAGUAUUUAUUUUAAUCAUACUGUAUAAGAUCCCAGUGACUCCUGUAUACUUCUUGUUUUUAUAUUGUCUUUAAGUCAUUCAGCAGCAAUGAGAUAUGCGGAAUUGUGGUUUUCGAUAAGGAAUUGGUCGUAAAACCACCGUAGGGUGGCCACGCAAUUCAAAUUCCCCGACAUUUUUUUCUUACCUUCCCCUGACCGUUUGACGCGAUUUCUGUGACUUUUUGCGGUAUUUUUUAAAUUGAACUUUUCGUCUCCUCCAAAAUUGAAAAUGCCACCAAAAUCACGAGCUCAAAAACAAGAAUUUGAAGCAAACUCCUGUCGUUUUACCUUCAAGCUCCAGGACUUUUCCUAUGACUUUCCUGGCCAUUAUUUCUCCCUGACUUUUCUAUGAACUCCUUGUUGCGUCGCCAGCUUAAAAAACGCAUUUGUUUUUUUGUUUUGUUUUUUUUUUUUUUGUCAAAUUUUCCUCUUGAAAUUAAGAAGCGAUCACUCUUCCGCAUAUUAUUUUCUGAAAACUACCCCAUAGACCAGCAUUGACGAAUGUUCUCAUUAAUGUUAGGUUUAGCAAUUGUCGAAACGUGAGCGUUAUCAGCGGCGUUGCAUUCAACUUCAUUGUAAAAUACACCGAUGUACAAAUCAAAAAUAAAAGUCAAGGCAAAAACUGA